CACAGAAAAGUUAGCAGCGGAUUUUUUUCUGGUGUCCAACCUGCAGCAGCAUCCGUCGAGAGUAUCAUGGCGAACAAAGCGCAGCAGCCUCCUCACCUGCACCUGGCCGAGGUCACCGCGUCCCAGUUCCUCGACAUUUGGAAACAUUUUGACGCUGACGGUAAUGGCUACAUUGAGGGGAAGGAGCUGGAGAACUUCUUCAGGGAGUUGGAGAUGGCCCGGAGAGGAGCAGGGGUGGACCCUUCAAACCCCACAUUCAGAGAAAAGAUGAAGGAGUUCAUGCAGAAGUUCGACAAGAACAAAGAUGGACGAAUUGAGAUGUCAGAGCUGGCCCAGAUUCUCCCAACUGAAGAGAACUUCCUGCUCUGCUUCAGAGAGUUUGUCAGCUCCAGUACCGAGUUUAUGGCGGCAUGGCGGCGGUAUGAUACAGAUCGCAGCGGCUUCAUUGAAGCAAAUGAACUGAAGGGCUUUCUGUCAGACCUGCUGCAGAAGGCUAAUAGACACUAUGAUGACCAGAAGCUCCAGGAGUACACACAGACCAUACUCAGGAUGUUUGAUCUGAAUGGAGAUGGGAAGUUGGGACUGUCAGAGAUGGCAAGGCUUCUCCCUGUUCAGGAGAAUUUCUUACUCAAAUUCCAGGGUGUCAAGCUGACCACUGAGCAGUUCAAUGCCAUCUUCGCAUUCUAUGACAAGGAUGGAAAUGGCUACAUUGAUGAGCAGGAGCUGGAGGCCCUGCUACGAGACCUUUACCAGAAAAACAAGAAGGAGGUGGACGUGAAGAACCUGACGGGCUACAAGCAGAGCAUCAUGAACCUGUCUGACGGAGGGAAGCUCUACCGUACCGAGCUGGAAAUUGUCCUCUGCAGGGAGCCAAUUGUGUGACUCUUCCUCCUCUCUUCUUGCCUAUCAUCAUUUUCUCUGCCUGCCCCUGCCCUGCUCCCCCGAGACCACGCCCACAUCCAUCUGCCUGGCAACAUAGACCAGGUGCAUGUGCCAGACACCCUCCUAUCAUCCCCCAGCCCGCCUAAAGUUACAACAUCAGAACCAAUAAGUGCACUGUCAGCAAGCAACAGUUCUUCCUCCUUAACCCCUCAUUUUCGUGCCACCUGACCUCUGACCCCUAGCCAUGACCUGUCUGAAACCUCUAGAGCAGCUUUUCACCUUCUCAACUCCCCCAUGUCUUUAAGCAUUUCUGACUUCAUAAACCUCCCUGCCAUCCAUGCUGUGCCUGACUUGCAACUCCUGAUCAAAAGCCUAAAACCCAUUUUUCCACAGGAAUUACCUAUUGACAUGUUGGUAAACCCCAAAUCUUGACCCACCUGGCUUCAUUGACCCCUCCAUUCCCUCGCUCUUUCAACUUCGCAUUAGAUACAAUACAUAGUCAAAACUGCAGACAGCUAUGUUUGAAUUGAUCUGAUUUAUAGUCUGUGAUGGAACUGGUACUGAUUUUUCUGCCUCUGUCCUUAAGCCCUCUUGUUCCAUUGCCAUGAUAUGAUUUUAAUUUUCAAUGUUUGUUUUUGGCUGAAAUAUAAAUUGAAAUAUUAAUAAAAUGUCUUAAGAUAAAAAUCUGCUUCUCUGGCUUGU